GAGUCGGACACAAUAAAAGCGAGUUCUUGCUCGUUUCUUCCACACUGCCUUCUUGUUUUUUUUAAGAAUAAGGAAGCGUCUGCACUGUUCUCUUUCUUUUAACUACAAAACAACAAAGAAAAAAGCGUCAGUUUUUUUAGCACUAAAAUGGUGGAAUUGUUGCGUGCUCAUCUGUCCAAAAAAUGCUGAGUAUCAUUGAGUUUCUUUGAGUCUGCGCCGUGUAGAAUUUGGUUGUGUUUUCAGAGAUUUGUUGAAGCUUAAUGCAGUAAUUUGAUGCGAUUUCAGCUCCCGCAAGUCUGUGUAGCUCUGGUGUUCUUGUUGAAGGUUUUGUGUUAUGGAGUACACGGCUGAAACUUUCAAAGGUCGUUCUUCUGACAUGUGUUUGAUAAUCAGCUCUAGAGUGUAAUUAGGGUUUUGGUAAUAUCAUUUGCAGAGGAGCGGUUCUGUGUUGUAGGAGCUCUUUCGUCUCAGUCUUGUUUUCUGUGUUGGAAAGGGCGCAUAUAAAAUGGCGGAUUCCUUCUCAAAAGAAUGAGAUUAAACAGAUUGAUGAAGUUGUGUUUCUAAGGCAUUUUUUUUUUUUUGGUGAAUGAUGUGAAAAAGUGGUGGAUUCUUUGAUUUGAGGAAGAGAUGGCGGAAGGAACCAAGGUGAGACUGGUUCGGUGUCCAAAAUGCGAAAAGCUUCUUCCUGAGAUUGCUGAGUAUCCUGUUUAUCGAUGCGGCGGUUGUGGAGCUAUCCUUCAAGCCAAGAACCAAGUCUACGUGACUGGAAAUCAUUCAUCAGAAGAAGUCCGAGAAAUUCCCGUUGGAUGCGGUGAGAAUCAAAAGGAUUUUGAAGAGAAUGGAGCAGUUCCUUUGGGUAGGAGCAAUUCAUUUGCCUCUGAUAGGGGGGAUAAGAAGAAUAGCUUAAACAUGGGCUUCCCUAAUGAAAGAUUUAAUGGACAUUCAAGUGAUGAGUUUCGUGAAGAAGGGAGAGAUGUCUCAGAUGAUUUUGAUGGUAGAGCAAAAUCUAACGGAAAAGUUAUCAAUAGAAGUAAUGGUGCAGUAACUGUUAGAAAUCAGAUUAAUCAACAGGUGAACACUGGAGAGAAAAUGCUGGGAUCUGAAAAAGAGAAAUCUGAUAAAUCAGGUCCCAGUAGUUAUGUUCGAUGUGAAACUCCUUUUGGAAAUGGACCUAGCUCUAUUGCUUGUUCCGAAAAUCCUGCUCCUAAUGCAUCUAACCAAGUGCUUUCCCCAAAUACGCUUUUGGAACACAUCCCUAGACAAGGGUACAAUAAUUCUGGGCCAAUGAAGGUUCAGGUUCAAGAGUCUCAUGGUCCGGAUGAUUGUGAAAUGGCAUCUGGGUUUUAUGAUUAUGGUGCUGACAUGGAACACAGAAAUGCGGUUUGCUCGAAAGCAACAAUGGGGAAUUGGGAAACAGAGGGUCUGAAUUCGAAUAUUAACAAUUUAAACAUACGUGGUACUGAGAAUGGCUGCUACCCUAAUAAAGGGGGAGAUAAAUCUCAUGUGUCUCAGGAUUUUCAACAUACUCGAAACUGGAGAGCUCAUGAGAGGGUUGAAAAGUUAGGAUAUCAAAGAAAUGAUGAUGGGUUUUCCAGGUAUCCAAGAAAUAUGCAUGAAAAUGUGCAUCAACAUUGGUUGUAUCCAGAUGAGGGCCCAUCAUAUUCUCGAGGCAAUGCUUCAGGUUAUGCUGACCCGAUCCUACAUGGCCUCAAUAGUGUUGAAUGCCUAGAAAGAGACCGGCUGCAACUUCUACGGAAACUAGAUGAAUUAAGGGAUCAACUUAGUGGAUCUUGUGAUGUACCAGAUAGACCUAGGGAUCCUCAGGAUCCUUACGACUAUGAUGGUCCUGGUGCCUGGUUUCGAGAAGAGCCACCUCCUUCGAGAUCAAAUUGGGCCACUCGAAAUCAUCUUCGGCAAAAUAUUCGGACUCAUAGUCCAUCGCACAAUAAGAGAGAAUCUGAAUUGAACAUGAGCCAUCCUGUGCCUUUAAUGGAUAAGCAUGACAUGGAGCUGCCACAUCAAUAUCCAAGAAAGUAUUCCCAAAAUGAGAUUCCUAGAUAUAGGGAACCAUUUGACACUCACAUGCCAGGAAGAACCAUUCCUCAAUCCAUAAAGUUCUCACAAAGGCCAUUUCCACGACAGGGUUUUAGCAAUGGUAGACGUCACCAGGAUGAGUUUUUAUCUGGAGAAAUGGAUCUUGAGCCUCUCGUUUCUUAUCCAUAUCCAUCUCUUCACAACAACUCUAUGUGUUCAUGUUAUCAUUGUUAUAACAGAAACAACCAGAGGGCACACAUUCCAUCUUCUGUUGCACACCAGCAUAGAAUAAGUGGUGCUCCAAAUGGUCACAUUUACAACUACCACUUUGGCCCUUCUACUCACAUGGCUCCACACAAUUAUGUUGGCACUAGAGUUCCAUUUCAUUUAUAUAAUUUGCAGCGUCGAGAGAGAAGACCUACUGAUCUUGAACCAGAGCUGUUUCGUGGGGGACAGAAGUGGAAUGCACGAAGAGUUAUCUUGAGGAAGGAUGGGGUGGCACGGAAAUGUCGUCCAAUAGCCAGUGGUGCACCCUUUAUAACUUGUUCUUAUUGCUAUCAGUUACUACAGUUACCGAGAAAAGCUUUUCCCUUGACAAAGGAUCCUCGGAAGCUGCGAUGUGGUGCUUGCUCAUCUGUGCUUUCAUUCUCAGUUCAGAAUAACAAUCAUAUGGUUUUCUUGUCGAGUGCCCAAGAUAAUACUGGUGGGUCAAGCAAAGAAGGGUUAUCUUUCCUUGAUCCAGUGAAUUUAUCAGAAGCUCGAAACUUAACUUCAAACAUUUCACAUGAAGUAGACUAUGAUAUAUCCACAUAUAACAUCCAGUCUGGAGAUACUGAUCCUGUUUCUUCUUCGUUUCCUAUUGAUAUUCAUUGUGUGAUGGGAAAGGAAGAUGUUGCGGGUCACCUUCCCAAGCAGAUAGAUAGACUAAAGGACAGACUAAACUGCACCAGUGAACAAUCUAACAAGAAGCAAGAUCUUCCUUCUUUUUCUGGUUCUUCUCAAGAUGGGGAACGGUCUUCCUUGAAAGAAACGAUCCUGGGUUCACCCCUGCACAAGCAUUUAGAACAUUCUUCUCCAGGAGAAACAGUAACCACAUUUAACAAAAGAAAUGGUAGUAAACGAGCCAACAUGAAAACAGUGGUCCCUUCUUCAAAUGGUACAUCAAGACAGAAUUCCAUGAAAGAAGAAUUAUCUGCUGCCAUGACGGACUCUCCCCCUCAUAAUGAUUUAGGGUGUGAAACUUCACCAGAAUCAGUGGAGGAGAUGUGCAAGGAAUAUGAUUUAUCAAGCAAGACAACCAAGGGUAGUGACUCAUUCCUUGCAGGACUCAUAAAGAGGAGCUUCCGAGAUUUAACUAGGUCGGAGAACAGUAAACCAAAUGUUAUGGUUAAUGGAAAGCCUAUACCUAAUCGAUUAGUAAGGAAAGCUGAGAAGCAAGCUGGACCCAUCCAUCCUGGAGAUUAUUGGUAUGACUACCGAGCGGGGUUCUGGGGUGUCAUGGGCUGGCCUUGCCUUGGAAUAAUUCCUCCAUGUAUUGAAGAGUUCAAUUUUCCAAUGUCAAAGUCAUGUUCUGGUGGAAAUACUGGCAUCUUCGUAAAUGGAAGAGAACUUCAUCAGAAGGAUUUGGAAUUACUUUCUGGAAGAGGUCUCCCAACUACACUUGGUAAAGCAUACAUUAUAGAAAUAAGCGGAAGUGUCAUUGAUGAAGCCUCUAGAGAAGAGCUUGAUGGCCUCGGCAAAUUGGCACCAACAGUUGAGAAAGUAAAACAUGGAUUCGGUAUGAGGGUUCCAAAGGCUCUCAAGGAAUGAUCUUUUUGUCCAACAAAAGAACAUUUUAGACGUUAUUGUCUUCAACCUCUGAGCUGUGUUGUUGGCCUAGGCAUUGAUGAUGUAUGGUGGUGAUAAAUAUCUGAUACAAUGAACUGGAUAUUAACUGUACCUGCCAUUGCUCCUCAAACUGUUACAUAUGCUGGGGAUAUGUAUCUUUCCAUUCAAAUCCAUUUUUGCUCACUGUUUUUCCGUUAUUGGUUUGUUGUUGGUUGGUUGAAAAAUCAGGGUGUUGCAUAAUCUCAAUUUAAUUUUUCUGGUUUUGAAUGUGUUUUUUUUGGUCUCUGAUUGGUUAGUAUGUAUCUAAUUGUUUCUAACCAUUCUAUCCAAAAGCGCAUCAAGAUACAUGUGAUUAUGAGCUGAAAGUAGUAAAUAAUAGAUAAGUUGGUUAUAUUUU